AUGACUCUCUACAACGUCACCCUCAAGGAGUCUUCUUCUCCAGCCGAGCUUGAAAAGGCCAAGGAGAAGGUUCGCUCCGAAGGAGGCACUAUCAAGCAUGAAUACACCUUGAUCAAGGGAUUCACUGUCGAGUACCCCGACGACCACGUGGGCGUCCUCGAGAGCAACGAACACCUCCACGUCGAGCAAGACGGACAGGUCUCUACCCAAUAG